AUGCCGCGUGCAAAGGCUGGCGCUUGCAGAGACGUUGUAGUGAAUUUAACCCCGCAAAAGUCAUACGAUGUAAAUGCUACAACGAAAAACAUAUUUUGCCGGUGCCUUGAACGAAAUGCUACCAAUGCCGAAAACGGGGAACUUAACAAAAUUAAGAAUCAAAGUACAAAUGAGUGGUCAACUGUAACUGAAGUAGCUCGCGAUUACAAAUCUAAGGGAAUUAAAUGGGUUGUAGUUGGAGAAGAAAAUUAUGGAGAAGGCAGCUCCCGCGAACACGCUGCACUAGAACCAAGGCACCUUGGUGGAUGUGCUAUCAUAGUCAAAUCCUUUGCUCGUAUUCACGAAACAAACCUCAAAAAACAGGGAAUGUUGGCCCUCACCUUCGCAAAUCCCGGUGAUUAUGCUAAAAUUCAACCGUCGGACAAAAUAUCUUUGAAAGGUUUAAAUGAUCUCGCCCCCGAAAAACCUGUAGAUUGUCAUAUUAAACACACCGAUGGAUCAAUAGAUAAAAUUAAACUCAACCACACUUUAAAUGAGUCUCAAAUUUCAUGGUUCAGAGCAGGGAGUGCAUUAAACAGUAUGAAGGAAUUAUUCUCCAAUAAUCCUGACAGUAAUAUAUGUUAGUAUCUAGCUUAAGUAAAUAUAUAUGUAUAUUUAUAUAUAAGUAAAUAAUUGAUAAUAUUCUUUCGCCAUUCCUUGUUUACUUUCAUAUAGUUUUAUUUAAUGUACAUGUAGUUUAUAAUUUGUUAUAUAGAAAUUAAAAAAUAC